AUGCCCAGGAAAAACAACAGACAGUACAAGAAGAAGACCAGUGUGCCAGACAACCACUAUGUUGGUGACAAUCUGUCACUGUCAGAAGAGUACACCAUCUUGUGGGUAUAUAAAGAGCAAUAUCGCUCAAUGCCAGAGGACAGGGCAGAAAUAGAAAGGAUGAUAGUUGAGUUCUUCCACUACUUAGCCCAAAAAGGCUUUGACGAUAUUGGCGUUGUACGUAUCUAUUCAACUAUGCAUAAAACCAACACCAAAUUUGGUGACAAAAGAGAUCAUAUCCAAGUUCGCGUCUAUGCAAAGGAUGGACAUCGUUGGUGGGUUCGAAAGGGCAAAAAGGAUAGAUGGGGAGCAAUUCAUAUACCAAAAGACCGUCACCUUUGGAGACCACUGCUUUUUGUUGAGAAAAAUGCAUAA